AUGGUGUGUUUAACUCCUGCCAAAACUCGAGAAGUUUCAGUGUCCAAGUCCCUUUAUGCAAUCUUUUAUGCAUUGCUCGUUGCCAUCGCGGAAUCGUCCCCUCGUGGGAAACAGAAGAAUGUGUUGGUGUUCGGGGGGAAUGGUUUCCUAGGGGCGGAGACGGUGGCCGGGAUACUGGGGCAUGGCUCGGACCACACAAUCACACUAGUCAGCAGGGGACACUGGUACUGGGACUCCUCGGUCAGAAUUCAGCCCUAUGUUAAACACCUCAAAUGCGACAGAAUGCAAACUCUGAGGAACUGUGCUCCAUUCGUGGAAUAUAUGCAGUCGGUGCACGACCUAUAUUUCGAUGCAGUUAUAGACUUCAGCGGUUACCAUCCAUUCUCGCUUGGUGACACGCUCUACUUGCUGGCGGGUCGAGUUAGACUGUAUGUGUACAUAAGUACAGACUCAGUGUAUGAGGUGUGCAAUAGGAUUCCCGUCAGGGACAUGGGGUUACUGGAGUCAGACGCCAACAGACCCGAGGCCACUGACGAACAGGAAAGGCUUAACGCCAGGGAGGAUUAUGGUCACAGAAAACUCCAGUGUGAGGAGGAGAUCAUCAAAACUCACCGUGAUGACGGCCCGGAUUACGUCAUAUUACGCCUACCAGAUGUGAUUGGACCGAGAGAUACCACACACCGAUGGUGGAUCUAUCAAUUGUGGAUUCGCCUUCACAGACAUUUGGUUCUUCCACUUUCCGUGCCUUCGGGACUUCUCGACCGUCCAAUUAGUUUGGUUUUUGUCGAAGAUGUUGCUAGCCUUAUAGUUUCUAUGGUAAUCAGUGACCAAGACGAUUACAUCAAUGAAAUCUACAACUUGGCCUUCUUUGAAACACCAACAUUAAAAGAAGUGUUGGAUUUAAUUGCCAGAAAAUUGAACGUGACGGAUUUACUGGUAAGUCCAAGCGAGGCAGAGGACGCCAUUUACCUAUACCCGUCUGUGUCGCGAGGACCAAUCAGCACCCAGAAAGCAGAGGACAGAUUAGGGUGGAUGCCAGUUCGGCUCGAUUACGCCAUCACUAAAACUGUCAACUUUUACGAAGAAGCUAUCAAAAACCCAUAUUUUUCGCGGGAAAGAAAUGCGGUGGUCAACAUGUUGCAAAGUUCCUUGACAAAUAACCCAGAAGGCGAUGACGUUAAAAGGGCUAUAUUGAACGAAUACGGUGUUGAUUUGGGUAUCAGAAAAGAUGAGCUGUAAAAAUAGCUUUGCAAAGUGAGGAACUGAAAGCGUGGACGCGUGAAUGGUGUAAUAAAUGUGUUAUAAUUUAUACAUGUAAAA